GUCGCAAACUUCGGGUUGACGUCGAAGUAGUCUAGUUCUGGUUUACUGACAUCCACAUCCCACUGUUUUGCGCCUGCACGUGCCUGCAUGCCACCAUGCCAUCACCACAUGGACGCUGGGAUUUCACGUCCUUGUUGGGGCUGGCGUUGUGCUUGACGUCAGUUUGGAACUUUCCACAUGCAGCAGCAACAAGACGGCCCGUACCUCCUCCCAUCGAUCGCGGGUGGACACGGCGUGGCGCUGUGCGCGCACACCAACUGCCGACGGUUUGCCAAGAUCCACGGCGUCUGCAUCCUUCACAGCCGUGUGAUCGUGCGCCCGACAUCGCCUCCCCAAAGCCACUCCAAUCGCUCGCGCAUGCUGCCUAACGCCCACGAGAAGCGCCGAAACCACAACCGCCGGUGUCGCAUUGAACAGUGCCGGUCUUACGCGCGGGGUGGCGGCUACUGCACCCGACAUGGUGGUGGACGAAAGUGCAGCGUUCCAGGCUGCACCACGUCGUCGCAAACAGGAGGUUACUGCCGGCAACACGGCGGUGGCUCCAAGUGCCGGGAGCCAACGUGCCGCCAGUUCGCGCGCGUGGGGGGACGCUGUCUCAUCCAUCGAGACAGCCACGAGGACGAAUCAUCGUCUGUGGGGGAAGUACAGCUGUAGUUGUUAGUUAUCAAUGUCGUAUGUAUGAGUGAACAUUGUACUGUGGGCGGC